UAUUCCAUCAGUUACAAUACUUCCCAUUACCAAUCAGUUUAUAAGCGGUAGAGACAUUAAACUUAGGUGCAAAGGAAGUAAUUUCCAGAAAGGCGCCAAAUUGAUUGUAUUUAAACGGCAAUACAGUCCUUUCAAAUCUGUUCCUAUAUCAGAAAGCAGUGCAUAUAAGUUGAAUGUACAGCCAACCAAAGAUACAGACGUGACACUUGUGUUGACUAUACGUAAAGUAAAAUAUUCAGACUCCGGUGAUUAUAAAUGCACCGUCAAUGAUAGUUUUAAUGAAGGCAGCGAGACGAUAACUGUUCAAGUUGAAGGUGUGCCAGAAAUAAGUAAUGAUGGAAAUGAAGAUGUAGAGGGUAUUUUUGGUAAUCGAUUAGAAUUGAUUUGCUCAGCUAAAAGUUAUCCUCCACCACUACACAUCAACUGGCUGAAUUCUAAUGGUAAAACAAUAGAAAGUUCGAAUGAAUGUCUCAUCGAUGUGAACCAAGAAGACUUCUCUAUUCGACACCAAGCAGUAUUAAUUAUGUAUUCUCUAACAGAGAAUUUACUGGGGAACUACACAUGUCAGAUUACUAAUAUUUAUGGUACAGCUGAAAGAAUAUUCAAUGUUAGCGCUAAACCAUCUUUAGAAAUAAUUGAACCAGUGAUUGACAGCACAAAAUAUUUUAUUGGCGACAACAUCUCUAUUAGAUGUCGAUCUAUAAAUAUUCCUGAAACACCAAAAAAGGCGGAGAGUAUUUUCAACGAAAGACCACAUAAUCAGUUUUUAUGGCGAUUCACUCCAGAUGAAACAAAAGAAUCUGUAUAUCUAUCCGUUAGUAAAUACAGGGGUAAAAUAUUUGAGAUUUAUACAGAAUUGCAAACCAGCAUUAUGAUCAGCCAUUCAACUCUCACUAUCUGGAAGGCUCAGUUUGAAUACCAAGGACGAUAUGUUUGUGCACGAAUGAUAAAUAAUAAAGUAGUCAGGGCGUACAUAGAUAUAAAAGUGAAAGGUGUACCCACAGUUACAACCAAUAGCUCUGAGUUGGCUGUUCUCCCAGGGCAAACAGGCCGACUACACUGUAACGUAACAGCAAGACCUGCAGCCGAUGAUGUUGAAUGGUUUAUAGAUGGUAUUCCUGUUCACAUUGAUCGACGAAAAUAUGAUAUAAUUUCGUCCGCGAGUGAUAUUUACCAAACUUCGACACUUGUAGUAAAAAGGGUAAAAAUGCGUGACUACGAUGUGCAAUAUUCGUGUAGAGCUGAAAAUGAGAUAGGUGCUAAAGGGCUAAAUCUUAGACUGAAAGAUGUGAAUGAAUGUGAAACUGGUCAUCAUAAUUGUACUAAAGAGGGUUUUAUAUGUAGAGAUAUCAUUGGUUCUUUUGCUUGUGAUUGUAAACAUGGCUAUGUUCAAGACAGGGGUACUUGUAUAGUAUUAAGUAACAAAGCUGCGGAGAGUUUUGCAGUAAUUGUUGGAGUCAGUAUUGGUGUAACAGUUGUGGCGGUGAUAGUUAUUGUUGUUUUAGUUUGCUUUUUUCGUAAGAAGAGAAAACAAGACACAACAGAACCAUUAAACACGCAUAUGGUAGCUAGAUAUAACAUAAGUAAUAAUUCUAAUAUGACAACACAUGAGCCUAGUGAAAAGCUUCAAAUAGAUACGGACUUAUUUCCACGAAGCCGCUUAAAAUUUUUGAAUAAUCUGGGAGAAGGUAAAUUUGGAAAAGUUUUAAAGGCAGAGGCACUAAGUAUUUCUAAAAGUGGCAUGUGGGAGACAGUUGCAGUGAAAAUGUGGAAAGAUUCUUCUACAGAUGGAGAAAAGGAAGACUUUUACAAUGAAUUAAUGAUUGUAAAAAAAAUCCCAGCACAUCACAAUGUUGUUAGUUUUCUUGGGCGAACUCCCGCUGAAGGUUCAAAUUCUGCUUUGAUGAUAAUGGAGUAUGUACCAGGGGGUGACUUAUUGACAUAUUUAAGAAAACUGAGAACUCCAAAACAAGUAAACACCCCGUCUACAGAGCCAUCGAUACAUUCUCAACUUUCCCCGAAAGAGUUAUUGCGGUUCAGUCAUCAAAUAGCUAAAGGAAUGGUACACAUAGCAUCAUUACACAUUGUUCAUCGCGACGUGGCUGCUAGAAAUAUUUUAAUCGGAGAAAAUAAUAUUUGUAAAAUAUCAGAUUUCGGUCUAGCUAGGGAAACAGAAGGCACUGACGAAUAUGAAAGAUGUACAAAGGGUCCGUUACCUAUACGUUGGAUGUCAAUCGAAUCUCUGAGAGAUAAUCUACACACGAUUAAAUCAGAUGUAUGGUCCUAUGGUGUAUGUUUGUGGGAAAUUGCUACUCUAGGAGCCAGUCCAUAUCCUGGCAAAUCUGCUAAAAUGGCCAUGGAGUCAAUUCUAACUGGUGACCGUUUAGAAUGUCCAACACAUUGUAAGAAAGAAGUGUAUGACAUUAUGGGAAGUUGUUGGGCAGAUGACGCGACAUGUCGCCCAUCAUUUGAAGAUCUAAUGUUCAAGUUAGAAGGUUUAUUAGAAGACGAGGGAGAAUAUAUGAUGCUCGAUAAUUUUGAUGAACAGGUGUAUUCUGUAAUCGACGAUGUGCGUCAUGAAGAAAGACUGUAAUCUGUUUGGAACAUUUUAAUCAGUGGGAAUAGUAAUACUUGUUUAGUUCUCAUAUUCCAGAAUAAAAAGAUUAAAUUCGCGAAUAAAUACAAAGUCUGUUUCUUCUGACAACCUGUGCUACAUGAUGUAUGAAUGCGUUUUUCUUUAUUUAUGUAGCUUUGUAAUACAUGUUUUUAAUGUAUGUAGUUUUGUAAUGUUUUAAUGUAUGUAGUUUGGAAUGUUUUAAUGUAUGUAGUU